CGAUCAAUUUUUUUUUAAAUGUGAAAAGCAAAAAUAUAGCGGUAGAUCGUGCGCUUGAAAAAUUUAUACGAGAAUUUCGGCAAAAAUUUAAUUUUGAAAAAACGACGACGACGAAUUUUAUUUUUUAUUUUAACAAAAUUUAUUUAAUAAAAUUUCGAUCGAUAUUUUUAUUCUUUUUUAUGUAUUUUAAGAAAUUUAUUAUUUAAAAAAAGAAAAAAUUAGUUGUUCGUGUUAUUUACUUACUUGUUAUUUAAAAAAAAGUAUAUACACACUUUAUUUACUUUAGUGAACGAACAACACUCUUGUUUCUACAAUAAGUGUAAAUACCAAAGAUACAAAUUAAAAAAAAUUAUAUAAAAUAUAUAAAAAAUUGGGAAAUUUAUUCUAAAAAAAAUAUUUAUUAUAAAAUUCUAAAAUAAAGAUAAAAUAACAAAAUGUCAAAAAUAAACUAAAAUGGAACUGUUCUAUAUAGAAGACUGGCUUCAAAUGCCAGUAAAAGGUCUUAAUCCAAAUACUUGUUAGUUAAAAUCCAAAUCCAAAUAAAAGAACCAAAGUGUUAAUAUUUAAAAAAACCUACAUACUUACAUAAAUAAUUUUUUAAAAUAAUUAAAAAAUAAUUUGACAAGAGAGGAAAAAAAUUCUUGAGAAACCAAAAAAAUUGUCAUUUUAAUAAAUUACUUAAAUAAGAGCUAUUAAAAAUGUUCGAUAUACCACCAAAAUGUCCAGCUUUAGCUGAUAAAUUAACUGGUAUAUUUGGUUGGCGUGCCACAUAUCGUGUUUCACAGAAACACAAAGGUCUUCAGCAUACAUAUUUGCAGAAGUCAUACUCAAUGACACUGCCUUCUAAAGGAUCUAAUGGAUCGUUUUGUAAGGAGCCUGAUUCAUGGGUAGCAGUACAUCAUUUACAAACACAGUCUGGUAUAUUAGAUCCAGAUGACUGCAUUGGUGAUGUAGCAGAUGAUAGAGAACAAAUUCUUGCAAGUUUUGAAGAUUCUGGGCCAGACCCAGGAGUUCAGCAAGGUGGAGGAGAUGGUGCCAGUGGAAGUUCGUCUGUCGGAACCGGUAGUCCAGAUAUAUUUAGAGAUCCAACAAAUCAGGAUGCAGCGACACGAACAAAUGCAUCUAGUGCAUCUACACCUCAUAUUGAGGUAACAAGCACUACAUCCAAUGGAUCACAUACAGGACUUGGUCUACAAGUUCGUCGCAGUAGUGAUCCAAGCCUAAUACAAACUCUUCAAACAGCUGAUAAUGUUACAAAUAAGAGAUGGUCAGCUGCAGCGCCCGCUUGUGGUUCGGAAUCAGCUGAGCGAAUAUUAGAUAAAGUAGGUUAUUUAUCACCACAAUGGGAAGAAGAAGAUGAUGCUCCUCACAGUUAUACUAGUAUGCAUAAUAGUUUAACAACACCGGCAUUUGCUCGUUCUGGGCGGUUAUCCAUGCAGUUUUUAGGUGAUGGUUCUGGUUAUAAAUGGAUGGAAGCAGCGGAGAAAUUACAACAUAAUCAUUUACCUCACCAUAAUCACCACAAUCAUCAUAAUCAUCACACAAGUCCAUAUUCUUCAUAUAAUGCACAUAAUCAGCAAAUAUUUACUUCCAAAUCAUUACCUAGAGAGAGUAGCAAGCGAAAAGAACCCCUAGGGCAAGCAUAUGAAUCUAUUCGCGAAGGUGAAAUGCUUUUAAUUACAAAUGAAUAUGGUGGAAAAUUAGGUUUGACUGCCAUUCCUGAUAGAGAAUUUGGUGGUUUAUUGGUGCAAUUUGUCGAACCCGGAAGCAGAGCAGAACAGGGACGUUUACGGAAAGGUGAUAGAAUUUUAGAAAUUAAUGGCAAUAAACUAGUCGGUUUAGCUGAAGAUAAAGUUCAAGAAUAUUUACGGAAAAGUUUAACGGCAAGUGAACUUAGAGUGCGAGUUAUUAGAGCAAAUAAACUAUGUGGCCAUAGCAGAAAAGACUCAAAAGUUUCAGAAAUGGUAGAGGUGGGUGAAAAAUCAGUUGGUACAAAAGUAGCGACUGUUUCACCCACGAAAAAAAUUCCAGGAGCGCAAGUUGGUACUUCAUUACAAGUUGCAAAUACUCGAAAAUUAGGGAAAAAAAUUGAAAUAGUGUUAAAGAAAGGCCCGCAAGGGCUUGGUUUUAGUUUAACAGCACGCGAUAACCCUGCUGGCGGACAUUGUCCUAUAUAUAUUAAGACGAUACUUCCAAGGGGAGCUGCAAUUGAAGAUGGAAGACUAAAGCCAGGUGAUAGACUAUUAGAAGUUGAUGGUCUUCAAAUGGAUGGAAAAUCUCAAGCUGAUGCAGUAGCUUUAUUUAGAGCAAUUCAACCAGGUUCAACAGUCAAAAUAAUAGUUUCUAGACAGCAAGAAUUAGCAGAUGCAGAAGAAAAAGAAAUUAUGUUGACAAAUGAAGAAAUUGAUAACAAGAAUAGCUCUCCCCCAAAACCACCAGCUCCAGUAUUUCCAAAUAAUCACUCAAAUUCAGAAAGACAAAUGGCGUCUCAAGCUAAUGCUAAUAAUUCUAAAAACGACACGAUAAUUGGUUUCAAUAUAAGCAACGAUCAACAUUUUAUUGACGGUGGAAACGAAUCUGCAGCGUCUACCGAUAGCAUACAACCAGGAAGUGCAUGGCGUCAUCGGGAAGUCUUAACUCUUCACAUACCAGUACACGAUACAGAAAAAGCAGGGUUGGGUGUUAGUGUUAAAGGCAAAACUACUUCCGCAAAUAGCUCAAGUGGCAGUAAUAAAUCAAUGAAGCAUGAUGGUGACCUAGGAAUUUUCGUGAAAAAUGUGAUUCAUGGCGGGGCAGCUUCUCGUGAUGGGAGAUUGCGUAUGAAUGAUCAACUUUUAAGUGUUAAUGGCGUCUCAUUGCUGGGUCAGAAUAAUGCUGAAGCUAUGGAGACAUUACGAAGAGCUAUGCUUCAUAUACCCGCUAAACACCCAGGAGUAAUAACCUUGACUGUUGCAAGAAAAAUUGCUAGAUCUCAAAGUUCUGGGGACAUUAUUGAAAGAGAGAGUUUGCAAGAAUCCAGGGAGACCCUUGAUAGUUCUAACAAUAGCGAAAAUUCAGGUGCCACUGUUAUUUAUUUGAGUCCAGACAAAAAGGAAAAACAAGAUAGUGAUAAAUUAAACAACCCUUUGUUGGAGCGCUUAUCAAGUGGAAUCUAUUCUUCAACUUCAAAACAACGUCCUUCUACAUUGUAUACCCAUGGUCUACGUAAUGACAGUUACUUUAUGGCUACAAAUGACUCAUGGACUCCAAUGAAAGCAAGGAACGAUUCAGUAUUUAUGGAGGAUGAACCAGAGCCUCCACUAACUCCUCUUUUAUCCCAAUUGAACGAUUCUGUAUCUAACCAAAAUUCUAGUAAUCCAUGUGAUGCCACAUAUUCAUCUCAACUUAGUUUAGACACCAAUACUUCAGCAGAAGCAUUUAGUAGAGAUGCAAUAGGGCGUAGAUCUAUUUCUGAGAAACAUCAUGCCGCUUUGGAUGCUAGAGAAACUGGUACUUAUCAAAGAAAUAAAAAAUUAAGAGAAGAAAGAGAGCGAGAGAGACGACUACAGCUAACGAAAUCAGCUUAUAUUAGUGGUUCAAUUGAAUCAUUAGCAAAAAUGGCAAACGAAUUGAAGAAUCGCAAUGGACAAUCCGAUUUAACUGCAGAGGCUUUGGACAAAAUUGGUGAACUAGGACCAUCUUUAGGUUUGAAAAAAUCUUCCAGUUUAGAAUCAUUACAAACGAUGGUACAAGAAAUUCAAAUGUCUGAAGAUAUUAGAACUGGACCUAGUGCAUUAAAAGCUCCAAGGGGCAGAGGUAGGGAAGAUAGUUUAAGAGCGGCUGUAGUGAGUGCGCCAGACAAAAACAAACCUAGAAAGCAUUGGCUUCUUGAAGAUGGUGGUGAUUCUGAGGGUGGAUUUUCACAUCGUAACGGACCUUUCCAAAGUUCUCUGAAUGAUGGAAAAAGUAAAAGCAGAGCGAAAAAACCGAGCAUAUUACGUGGUAUUGGUCAUAUGUUUCGAUUUGGAAAACACCGUAAGGAUGGUGUAAUGCCAGUUGAAGCAAACAAUGAGUUUACUUCUGGUUUACCACCGCAACUUCCUUCAGCUCAUAAAUUACAUCAACAACAGCAACAACAGCAUCAGUUACACCAUAAUCAGCAACACCACCAACAUUUAAAAAACACAGAACAUCAACAACAUUCGAAUAAUCAACAUCAAAGAAUGAAUGGACAUCAUGUACAUAAUUCUGAUAAUAGACCAAAGGACGGACCACCGAUUUACCAACCACCACCACCGCCUAACGGUAUUCAUCAACCUGAAAUUUUUACUCAUCGUUAUCAACAUUAUGUUAAUUUUGAAGAAUUACAACAUCAGAUAAGCGAAGAACCAAACGAUGAUGAUGUUUUAUCAGAAUCAAUAUUAGAAAGUAUGAGGCGUCAAGUUAUGAUACAGCGAAAUAAAGUUGAAUUAGAAAGUCGACGCCAUCAACACUAUCAUUCACAACGAAGUGCACGUAGUCAAGAUAUUAAUUUUUCACCAACAAAACAUCAACAUCUUCAACAACAGCAACAAACACAACUUCAUAAUUAUCCUCAAAUACAAGCACAAAUUGGUGGCCGUCCAAUAUCUAGUUAUUAUGAAUAUGAAACUGUUCAGCAUAAUGUUACACCAUUAUCAGGUAGUGGUCGUUCUGGAAAAUUUACUAGUCCCCCACAACGUUCAUCUCCAUCAAAAAAUUGGAAAUCAUCAACAUUAAAUGGUUUUCAACAAGGUAAUUUAAAUGGAAGCGGUCGUAGUAGAGGACCAUUUAUAACACAUGUUCAAAUACGAGAUCAAAGCCAAAUUAUUACUACAAAUGGUAAUUCAAUAUCAACUGGUCAAAAUAAUUCAAAUCAAAAUUUACGAGAUAGAGAACCAUUAUAUAAUAUGAAACCGACACCACAACCUCAUGCAUCUAAAGUAUGACUAUAAUAGAAUAACUUUAAUGUAUUUAUUUAAAGUUAUAAUAAUAUAAAAUCGAAAAUAAAAAUGAAAAUUUAGCUGGCCUAAUAAAAUAACGAUAUACGUUAAAUUUAAAACAAUAAAAUAUGAAAAAUUCAUCAAGAAGUAAAUUAUAUUUUAAUAUCGUAAAUAUUAAGCUUUAAGUAUGAUUAUUAGUUAAAUUACGAACAUAUUAUUUUUAAUUAAGUUCAUUAUUCGGUAUUUUUUCAAAUUAAUCGCUUUUUUUUUUGUAUAUACUACUAUUCAAUUGUUUAGCUGCCAUAUUUUGAAUUUCAAUAAAUUCAAUCAAAUACAACCAUUCCAAUUAUUUUUAAAUAUAAUGUUCGAUAUUCUGGUACUAAAUUUAUUGAAAUUUUUUUUUUUCAUUUUCCUCAUCUUCUUAUUCAAGUAUUGCGAACAUAUUUUUUAAAAUCAUUACUGUGAUUUUCAAAAGGUGGUUUAAUUUGCCGGAAAUUAAAAAUUAUAUUAAAUAAAAUGAAAACUUAUUAAUUAUAUUCCAUAUUAAAGAAUAAAUUUUUAAUAAAACUCAUAUUAUAUGUAAUUUAUUUAAAAUUAUAAAUAAAGUUUCGAAAAAAGAAUAACGAUAGUAUAUAAAAUAAUUUUUAUUUGUAAAUGCAAAAUAAAAAUAAAAAUAAAUUAAUUAAUUUAAUAUUUUUUUAAUUUUUUGUAAUUAAAAAAUUGUAAAUUAAUAUUUCAUAUACAUAAUUAGAAAGUUACAUAGAUAUUAUGUUCUAUGAUGAUAAAGAUUAACAAAAAAAGAAUAAAAAAAUUGCUCGAAUAAGUAAUAAUAAGAAGUUUGUGCGCUAAUUUACGAAGAGUUUAAAAAAUAACUAAUCAUCUAAGAUCAACAAUCUCUAAAAUUCUAUAACAACCACUUUAAUUUCAAAUAUGCUAACAAUUCAGUAAUUCCAUAGUUAAAAAUUAACUUUGUCAUCACAAUAUUACUAGUUGUAUAAGAAUAAUAUUUAAUUAAAAUUUUUAACAUUAUUAUAAUUUAAAGUAUUAAUGUAUAUAUAAUAAAAAUUUAACUUUAAAAUAAAAUUCUAAAAAAUUUCUAAAAAUUCUAAAAAAAUUUAAAAUAUUUUCAGUAUUUUACAUUAUUCACAUCCGAUCCAUUUCGAAUAUUUUUCUCUUAUGAACUUUAAAAAAUU